GGAAGUGCUUGCUGCUGCUGCUCAGUCAUUCAGUACGUCAGUAAAGUUGAGUGGAGUCCCACUGCCUAAGAGAAGAUGUCCUUCAUAAAAAUAGAGCCUACGUGUGAUUUCUCCUUCCACAACCUCCCUUAUGGGAUUUUCUCCACAGCUGAUAACACCACACACCGCAUUGGUGUUGCCAUUGGAGACCAGAUACUGGACCUCAGUGUGAUCAAGACCUUGUUUCAGGGGCCUAAACUUUCCAAACAUCAGGAUGUCUUUGACCAGCCCACACUGAAUGCCUUCAUGGCUCUUGGUUAUGAAGCCUGGAGGGAGGCCAGGAGGACCUUGCAGGUGCUGCUGUCAGCCAGUGAGAGCACACUGAGGGAUGAUGUCAGCCUUCGGAGCAGAGCAUUUGUCCAUCAGAGUGCAGCCACCAUGCACCUUCCUGCUGACAUAGGCGAUUACACCGACUUUUACUCCUCCAGAGAUCACGCCACCAACGUCGGCAUCAUGUUCCGGGGGAAGGAGAAUGCUCUCAUGCCAAAUUGGUUGAGGCUUCCAGUAGGAUACCAUGGAAGAGCAUCUUCAGUGGUUGUUUCAGGGACCCCCAUUCGCCGCCCCUCAGGCCAGAUGAGACCUGACCAGACAAAACCUCCAGUGUUUGGCCCAUCUAAGCAGUUGGACAUUGAGCUAGAGAUGGCCUUCUUUGUUGGAGGAGGGAAUCAGCUCGGGGAGCCCAUUCCCAUCGAGAAAGCCCAUGAACAAAUCUUUGGCAUGGUACUCAUGAAUGACUGGAGCGCCAGGGACAUCCAGGCGUGGGAGUAUGUUCCUCUGGGUCCUUUCCUGGGGAAGAACUUCGGGACAUCGAUCUCACCGUGGGUCGUCCCCAUGGAGGCGCUGUUACCCUUUGUAGAACCCAACCCCAUCCAGGAUCCAGAGCCCCUCCCCUACCUGCAACAUCAUGACGCAUACACUUUCAACAUUAACCUGUUCGUGUCACUAAAAGGACAGGGCAUGGUAGAGGCAGCAACCAUCUGCAAGUCAAACUUCAAGUACAUGUACUGGAGCAUGAAGCAGCAGCUGACCCACCACACAGUCAACGGCUGCAACGUCAGACCAGGAGACCUGCUGGCUUCUGGCACCAUCAGUGGACCUGAUCCAGAGAGUUUUGGCUCCAUGCUGGAGCUAUCAUGGAGGGGAUCUAAGAGCAUCGAUCUGGGAGGUGGAGAAACCAGAACCUUCCUGAAGGACGGAGAUGAGGUCACCAUCACAGGUUACUGUCAAGGAGAUGGGUACAGGGUGGGCUUUGGAUCCUGUAUGGGAACCAUCCUCCCUGCCCUGCAGCACUGAAAGACACUAUUGGACACUGUUUGGAGUAUCAGUGACUGGAAGAUAAACUUACACACAUUAUCUCACAUUGCUCUGAUGUUCACUGUCCAUGAAUGAAGAUGAUCGUUGACCUUUCAGAGUCUCAGUACGUGUCACGUCGGGGACACAGCAGGAGAGUUGUAUCGUUUUGUGGCCUUGUUACUGCAAUAUUCAGAGGGAUUCUCCCACAUCACUUCACAGUGUUACUGCUGUACCAGGAUCAGUAUUAUUUUAUGUGUUUUGUCUCCUGAUUUAUAAUGAAAUCAUCCAUUUCUAAUCUAA